UAACCCUAGUUCUUCUAUCAGCCAUUUUUUCUUCUUGCUCUCUUUCUCAUUAGAAAUCAAAGUCAUCUGUUAAUUUUGAGUAGAGAAAUUCUUCUUACAAAUUUUGCUUAUCUGAGUAGUACUAGAGAUGUCUGGUAUGUACGGUCAAGAAGGUGAUGGAUCUGGCGCACCGCCUAUGGGUGGAGGCGGAGGUUAUGGUGGCUCUGAAGGCGGUGGAUACGGAGGUUAUGGAAGUGGUGGGGCUGGAUAUGGCGGAAAUAGUGGCGGUGGCGGAGGGUAUGGGAACCGGGGAGGUGGUAGUGGUGGCUACGGUGGAAGAGGAGGCGGCGGGGGCGGAUACGGCGGUAAUCGAGGAGACCGUGGCGGUGGUUACCAAGGUGACCGUGGAGGUGGUUACCAAGGAGACCGUGGCGGACGCGGGGGCGGCAGGGGAGGCAGCCGUGGUGGUGGAAGCGGCAGAGAAGGUGAUUGGCGUUGCCCUAAUCAAAGCUGCGGGAAUUUGAACUUUGCCAGAAGAACUGAGUGUAACAAAUGCGGUGCACCAUCUCCAGCUGGUAGUGAUGAUCGUGGGGGUAGAGGUGGUGGCGGUUAUAACAGAGGUGGAAGGGGUGGUAGUUAUGAUAACAAUCGAGGUAGAGGUAACCACUAUGAUAGUGGCAGUGGUCGGAGUGGGAAUGGUUAUGAUGGUGGGAAUGGCAGAGGUGGUUCUUAUGGUGGUAAUCAAGGAAGGGAUGAUGGUGGUUAUGGACAGGGUCCUCCGGUUGCUCCCCCAUCUUAUGGUGGUUCUAGUGGAAGUUAUGCACCACCUCCUAAUGCAUAUGGUGGGAACCCCAGUUAUGCGCCUGAUGCAGUUCCUCCACCCACGAGCUAUACUGGGGGGCCUGCUUCAUAUCCUCCAUCAUAUGGUGCUCCUACUGGUUACGGUGGUGAUUAUCUUGGUGAUAGUCGUGGCAGUGGACGAGGUGGUCAAACUGGUGGGUAUGGUGGAGGUCCUCGAAACCCAGGAGGUUAUGGUGGUUCUCCAGCCGAGGCUUCUGAAAAAGUCAAGCAGUGUGAUGAAAAUUGUGGGGAUUCCUGUGAUAACUCGAGAAUUUAUAUAUCAAAUUUGCCUCCAGAUGUCACUAUUGAGGAGCUUAGAGAACUUUUUGGAAGUAUUGGCCAAGUUGCAAGAAUCAAACAAAAGCGGGGCUACAAGGAUCAAUGGCCCUGGAGCAUCAAAAUAUAUACCGAUGAACAAGGAAACAACAAAGGAGAUGCAGUUUUGUCUUAUGAAGAUCCAUCUGCUGCACAUUCUGCUGGUGGUUUUUUCAAUAUGCAUGAUUUGAGAGGAUACAAAAUUAGCGUUUCAAUGGCUGAGAAGUCUGCUCCAAAGGCUCCUGCAUAUGGUUCUGGCGGCGGUGGUAGAGGCAAUUAUGGGAGGAGAGACAACUACAGAGAUGGUGGUUCUUCUGGUCCAGAUAGAAAUUAUCAUGGUGGAAACCGUGCACGGCCAUACUAAACUUCCAGAAGGGCUAUAUAUGUAGUAAUAUUUGUGGUGGGAAUGGUUUUUGUUUUUAGUCCAUAAGCGGAUUUGUUCUCUAACUGGAGAUCAGAGGUAGGUUGUUCAUUACUCUGAGCAAUAUGCCUUUCCUCCAUUCUGCAUCUUUUGUUAGCCUUGUUGGGGAGUUAUUCAUAUGGCUUGGGAUUGAUUUGAGCUGUGUGAAUGUUUUUAUAGAGGGAAGUGGAUAUUCUGCAAAUUGCUGCUAAAGGUAGGUUGAAAUUAUCAGGUGAGUGUUGCUUUUUAAAGAUGCUUUUGUUACCUUCUCCCUGCAGACUGAUGUGUUUCAUGAAUUGCUUGCAUGAUUAUCUCAUGCAUCCAUCUUUGCUGGAUACAAGUGUUGUUGUCAAAAAGCCUUCAUACAGAUGCACUUUGAGCCUCUGACUGACUUAUUCCUCUCCUUGUAUUUCCACCAAUCUUUAGGGGUUCAUUAAGUAGUCCUUGCAUUAAAAUCAGAAGGAAGGGAAGUUUUUCGAAGUGCUUGAUAACUUUCUGAAACUAUAGAAGUCUAUCCUCUAAAAUAUACUCUUAUAAUUUUACUUUCUCUUCGCGUUUAGAGACCUAAAAACCUAAAGUUUGCGGCUUCAAUUAGUUUAAAAGAUCUCAGCCGGCUUGUCCUACUUUGUAGUUACUCAGAUUAUUUUUAUGUUUGACGUUUGCCUUAGUUGCCAAUUAGUCUUUAUCUUUUGCCUUACUCCAGUUCACUUAGAUUUUAGGAGACACAGUUUCUUCCGAAAGCCAAAUCAGUUUUGGUUUAGAGUUAUUGCUACAGUUCAGGGGCUUUUCUCAACAUGAAGGAAAUCUUGCUUAGUUUUACUCAACUACUUGUGCUUCAUGGUUAAAAUAGUGUAUUUCAAGAGGCAGACUUGAUUGGGCGCCAUCGAUUAUAUUGUUCUGGUUCUAUGAUCUCUCAGCAAAUGCAUUGGAGAAUAACACUUCGUGCAACUUACUUUCUAACUAAAUGGAGCACAAAGUGUCUUCAUGUGGGAGCUUGAAUGGGCAGAAUUGUAAGUUUGGACCAAUUUGUGUGUACAUGGAUGCGGCUUCUGCCCACUCCACCCAAAAGGGGUUUGCUCUAGUCUUGAAAAGCACAUUGCUGUGCAGCAUCCAAUAGUCAGUUGUGAGGAGCUUUAUUUGUACGGCCAGCAAUUGAGUUGGGAUCAAAGGAGUUGGCCCUUGUGGUUUUGGGAUGGUUUGGCUCGUGUUUCAGCUUUUUUGGCUGUCUUUGCCUCAGGACAAAUCUUCUUCGUCUCCACUCUGUGUAUGUUGCAUCUUUGGUUCGAAUUUUCUGUCCAAGGAUGUGUUAGAAUGGCUUGUAGACCAUAUCCCUAUUUGUAGGACUACAUGAGGAACUAACUAUGGCUUAUGAAAUUUGGAAAGAAUGCUUAUUCUACCCUGGGAUUGGUAAAUGAUGAUGAGCUAACAAUGUUUCGACUUCAAUGUUUUACGAUAGCUGCUUCAAGUCUUGGAUAGGAUAGUUGGGCUGGUGGUUUGAAGUCUUGAUUAGAUGAUUAUUUUAUAUGUAAGUUGUGGCUGCGUUUCAAAUACAUUUUUACACUUGAAUUUAUCAGAUUUCUUUCUUUUCA